CCGCAUGAAUUCAUUUGAUUCAAGUUCACCCCCAAAAAUGCUGCAACUAGCCAUUCAUUCAUAUUUCAUAGCUUCUUUUGUCACCACUUACCUCCAGGGCUCCAGAUUAUCUUUUUUGUAUUUCCGUGUUUUGAAAACUUGAUGGCCCGUUCACGUAACAUCAUUGUUGCCACGGGCUUACUAGCAUUUGCAAGUGCAGGGUUAGCUUUUCCCUUUUACAUGGCGACUAGGUCAUCAAAGGCGCCCAUUAUUGACUCGUCGAGACCACUGCCGCCUCAAGCAACUUUUAGAGGACCUUAUAUUAAUACUGGAUCGCGUGAUGUGGGACCUGACUAUCAGAGUUAUUCUAAGAAAUAAUCCUUUAGGUAUUUUGUUUCUAUGUUUAUGUAAUGUAUGUACUGAAUGAUUUUGAAAACAGUUUACUCCAUAUAGUUAAAGAUGAGUGCCCAACAAUGCAAGAUGCUAAAUUUGCAUGAGUUUGCGAUUAAUAA